AUGUCCGUGCCUCCUCUGCCCAAUCUGCUCCAGUCUCGAGGGCCUGGUGACGGCGGUCGAGGCUUCCGACGAGGACGGCGUGGUGGACCUGCCUCAUCGUCCGGACCCGGUAGCCAAGAUGAGGUAAUUCAAGGCACGGACACCGACGCUGCCGUGUCGCGGCUUAGUGCUGUUAAUUUGGGAUAUCUCGAUGAUCCGUAUGCCCAAUACUUCGUGCAAAGCGCCCAUGGUCCGGGCAGCCGCCGGCUUCCCAUCAUCAAUCGAGGCACGUAUACGAGGACUACAGCCGUAGACACUCUCAUCAGCACUUUUCUGUCGUCCGGGGACAGCUCGGCAGGAGUGUCGCGGCAGAUCGUCUCCCUAGGGGCGGGCACCGAUACCCGCCCGCUGAAACUUUUCGCAAAGCCAGGCCAGAAUGGCCUCGUCUACCACGAGAUAGAUUUCCCUGCUGCCUGCGCAAAGAAGCUGCGCACAGUACAGGCUGUGCCAGUCCUUCGCAACAUCCUCCCGAACCCAUCCGAGUCCGAAAAUGGUUCUUGGAGCGCGCAACUUCCAAGCGGAGGUGAGUACUGGUGCCAUGGAGUCGACCUACGCAGCUUGAUCCAAGGCCAGGAGGAAGGCGGCGGAAAAUCAAGUUUGCCCGGGCUGAGAACGGAUGUCCCCACGCUCCUGGUAUCAGAAUGUUGUCUGUGCUACUUGGAAUCGCCAGAUGCGGAGCGGAUCAUAAGGUGGUUUACGGAUAAAAUUGCCAGCAUUGCCAUUUUGAUAUAUGAACCGGUGAAACCAGAUGAUGCUUUCGGGAAAAUGAUGGUAUCGAAUCUUGCCGCGAGAAGAAUCCGCAUGCCGACCCUUGAGGUUUACAAGGAACCCAAUGACCAGGCGAAGCGGCUCAAGGAAGCCGGUUUCUCUACAGUAAAGGUCUUGACAGUGCAUGAUAUUUUCGAGAAGUGGGUAUUGCCGGAAGAGAAGGUGAGGCUCGACAGACUUGAAGGACUGGACGAAAUUGAGGAGUGGGUGCUGCUCGCCAGCCAUUACAUCGUUGCAUGGGGAUGGGCCGGGACUGGGUUUACCAUGGCAGAUGAGAGGGGAUGCGUCUCGACGACUUGA